CGACUGGUGGCGAAUCAUGUGGAGUUCUCACUAGACAGUGUUGCCGGUAGAUUACGACUGAUUUGUACGAUUCAACAUGUUGCCACUUCACGUAGAUGACAAACAGUACCGUCCUGGUUGGAAACUAAAAGAAUCUAUUCUGGGAUGGCUUCGGUUGAUAUUCUCAGAGAAGACAUCUCGUCGAUUGUUUGGAUUCCUGGUACUUAAUCUGUCAUUUGCAUUUGUGGAACUUUUCUAUGGAGUAUGGACAAACAGCCUUGGACUCAUCUCAGACUCUUUCCACAUGUUUUUUGACUGCACAGCCUUACUGGCUGGUCUCAUUGCAUCGGUCAUCUCACGAUGGCGAUCAACAGAAACAUUCUCAUAUGGAUACGUCCGAGCUGAAGUGAUGGCUGGCUUUGUAAAUGGUCUAUUCCUGCUCUUCAUUGCAUUCUUCAUCAUGUCUGAGGCUGUUGAGCGUGCUGUGGAACCACCGGAAGUGAAGCAUGAGAGACUCUUUGUGGUAUCUGUACUUGGGUUUUUUGUCAACUUGGUUGGUAUAUUUGCCUUCCAACAUGGACACUCUCAUGGAGGAGGAGGUCAUGGUCAUUCGCACUCGAUUGGUGGUCAUGGACACAGUCAUGGACUUGGUUUGCAAGAAAAGGAGGACGAUCAUGGUCACAGUCACAAAGGUCAUGGUCACAGUCAUGACGACCAUGGUCACAGUCAUGACGAUCAUGGUCACAGUCAUGACGAUCAUGGUCACAGCCAUGGGGGUAAAGGUGAUGAAGGACAUGGUCACAGCCAUGGAGGACCCCCACCCCCAUCUUCUCAAAGCCAGAUCAUGGAGGGUGUGUUUUUGCAUAUAUUAGCCGACACAUUAGGCAGUGUUGGAGUUAUAAUCUCGUCUGGCUUGAUACACUUCUUUGGCUGGAUGAUAGCAGACCCUAUAUGUUCAAUGUUCAUCGCAAUCCUCAUUGGAAUCAGUGUGUUGCCCCUACUUCGAGAUUCUAUAGGUAUUUUAAUGCAGCGGACACCACGGCAAUUGGACCACGUACUGCCAGGCUGCUACAACAGGGUGAGCCAGCUGGAAGGGGUGUACAGUCUGCAGGAACCUCACUUCUGGACCCUGUGCACUGAUGUCUAUAUCGGCACCGUCAAGCUGGAGGUUGCCACAAAUGCUGAUGCCAAAUAUAUCCUAAGUCAGACGCACAAUAUAUUUACACAGAUUGGUGUGCGGCAAUUAUAUGUACAGAUUGACUAUGCUCCAAUGUGAAGAGACAGACCAGUUGCACUGGACCAAUGAAUUGACGUUCUUAAAGAGGAUGGUGCUAGUUACCACACAGCUAAUCUGACUCAAAUAUAAUUUGGCAAGCCUCUGCUUUGGUAUUGUGUAGUUAUCACAAUGAAGCUGUUUGCCAUUUUCUGUUUUGAGGCUGCCUCUGUUUGCUUGUGAGGAUGUCUUGUGUGACUGAGUGUGUGUUUGGUUUGAUGUAUGUGUCGACCAUGUCGACGAUGUUGGUUCAGACGUCGGUGGCAUUCUGUCAAGUAAAUGAAUGAUCUUCUAUCAUUUUAUUUUUAAUGCACAUGAACAGUCAUUAUCUUUUUGGUUUUUUAUUCUGUUUCUUCAUGAUUGUUUAAGAUUCCUAAAACUGUAUUCCGCCAAACAGAUUUUCUGUUUCAUCAUCUUCAGUCAAGAUUAGUUACCAUGUUUAGUGAUAUGUGUUGCUGUAUUCACUCACUCACUCUCAAUUUGAUGUCAACACUAGAUCCAUGUGUAUUGGAACUUCUGUUGAUAAAUUUAUUGACAGAAAUAAUAUUCAGGUUAGUUGCAUACAAAUUCAUGAAGUAUGUUAACUGUAUACAUUCAUAUGAAAUUCAAAAUGAGAUGGUAUAGUAACAUUUAACUGUAAUCGAGAAUUUUCUGUCAAAAAUCUCGUCUAAUUUUAAAAAAUGUUUAACAUGAUGCAUCAUAAAUAUAUUUCUUCCAGUGACUGAGUGAAAUAUAUCUUGCACUGUAUUCAUAGGACUUUAUGGUGAAGAAAUUGUCAAACCAUUAAAAUACUGCAAUUUGAUGAUCACUAAUUUAGAAGAUGCACAUUAUAGGACUCAAUGGUGAAGAAAUUGUCAAAACAUUAAAAUACUGCACUUUAACAAUGACUAACUUAUAAGAUACACAUAAUAGCAGUUUAUGGUGAAGAAAUUGUCAAAACAUUAAAAUACUGCAAUUUGACCACAACUGAUUUAAAAGAAGAUGCACAUUAGUAUAUUUGCGAUUAUAACCUGGGGGUAAAGAGUGAGUGAAGAGAUAUAUUUAGGGGCAUUUGAUCAUGGAAAUAUGGUAUACAUAGUUAUUACCACUUCUAGUAGUAUUAUGACCAGCUAUUUCUGAUGCCAUGAUGUACAUAUUUUUCAGUCUCAAAAAUGCUGGGAUGAUAAUUCUGUGUGAACUGUAUGUGUACGAUUUCAUCAUUCCGAGUGACAUACUUAAUGUGCUUCCUAACAAGCAACUGCUCCAUUGUAAGAAGAACUCAUUAUUUGUUGUGUAACUUGAUUGUCGGUUCCUGCUGUAAAUUGUUGGCAUUGCUAAACAUUGCUCAGGUCAAGCAAGGUAUGACAGCUAUAUCAUGCUGUAUAGAGAUUAUAUCCUGACUUUGUAUGGUCUUGUAUGUAUAGACGAAGGCUGUGACCUGAGAGUGACUGAUCAUCAGGAGCGCAUCUCAGUGUAUGAAAGGCCAGUUCUAAUUUUCAUGACAAAAAAUGUAUGUUGCACAUUAGGUCAAUGAUUAAGGAUGCUGUAAUUUGUUGGAAGAUUUAUUUGUGUAGACAUUUUUACACAUGGAAAUGUUUGAACAAUUUGGUAAACAAAACAUCUCAUUAUAUUGCAAAGAUUAGUGAGUGUAUAUUGUUUUAUGCAAUAAUAUAGUUCAAUCAGAGCAGUCUGUAGUUAAGUCAACCAGAAAACAGUGAUUCUGAUUGGAUACCUAAUUAGAACAUCAAUAAGUCUGGUGCAACCUAGAUCGGAUCGCGUGGUCAGGCAGGGGGUUCUGUGUUUGUAUCUGGAUGGUGUAAAUCGUUGUUCACAUUAUUGAGCACUGGAUUGUCUGAUAGGGCGUGAUUAUGUACUCACCACUGCCACUUAUGUAGAAUAUUACUGAGUAUGGUGUUAAACACCAAACACACACAAACACAAAUGUGUGGUUGAUGACAAGAAUAAUGAUCUACCAAUCACUAUAAGCUCAAGAUCAGAUGGUCAACUCAUUCGAGAAGUCAAGAGGACUGGGCUCAGCCCAGAUUUCCAGCCUCUCUUAUUUAGCGGGACAUUUUUCGGUUCUGAUAUCAUAAUGGAAUAAAAUUAAUACAGUUUAGUCGUGUUUUCCAGGAUUCCCACAUGGACAUUGCAAUAGUAUGGAUUGUUUCCAGCAUAGAACAGCUGACUGGUCAGAUCUGAGUGAAAUAUACAUGACAUGUUUGAUGUACUUAACACUUGUUAUCCAACCCCACCAGUGAUCAUCUUCACCCAAUCAUGCAUUGAAUGGCAGAUAGGAUGUAUUCUGCAUCCCGGCCCUAAACUAACUUGUCUGGAUGUAUGGAGAAUAUGUAAUUAUUGGAAGAUGAAGGGAAUGUCAUGAAAGCCUCUGAAGGAAUGAAGGAUAAAGCCCCAGUUCUUUUGCAUGCUUUAUUCAAUGCUGAAACCAUUAAGUCAUUCAGCUUGCUACAAUAUUUGAAAAAAAUCUUUAUGACUACAUUUUCAUUUCUUUUCCAUUUUAAUUUUUUUCAUUUUGCAAUCCAAAUCCAACAUACUAUUUCAUUGAAGACUGACUGAAUGCCUUGAAAAUAAUGUUGUUUUUCAUCAUCUUGUUGUUUGCCUGCAGAUUGUAUGCCUAAUAUGCUGGUACUUGAGAUACAUUAAUUCUAUUCUUAACAUGGGAAUGAUGCUAAAAGUCAACAUUUAUGCAAAAUGAUCUGCAUUCAUCAUGGUAUUAUGUAUUGAGCACAAACAUAUAAAACAAAUACAUGUAGUAGUUAGUAGCAAUGGAAUAGUGUUGUCACAGUAGAUGCAGUAACGAUUGUGUGGUUCUCCAAAUCGCAUAGGCAGCUGGUUAACUCUUUUUCAGGUUGAUGGUUUGCAUUCUGUAUUGCUUAGUAGGUUGCAGUAAGAAUAGUUGGUUACUAAUUACUGGCUUCAUAGUAACAUACAAUGCAUGGUUUAAGAUGAAUCUUAGUCUGAGAAUGAUAAACAGUAUUCAGUGUAAUACAUUUCUUUGUGAGCAAGAUGACAACACUAGAUUUAAUAUAGAAUUAACAGGUACAACAUGAGUAAGCUGUUUGUUCUAAGCCUUAAGCAGGUGUUUAUAUGACUGUAGAUUUUGUUGAAUUUGGAGAACCAUGUUUCAAACAUGUGGUUACAUGGUGUAAGUUGGUUUUGUGAGAUUGGUUCAAGACAUGCCUGUAGGCUCCAUGAGGGAAAUGGAAACAGCAAUGUUUUUGUUCUACGUUUAUUAAAACUUAAAGAUUCUAGUUUUUUUUAUUGUAAUCAAGAAGCAUCACCCAGUCAAACCCUUGCAGGAAGUAUGUGAUAAUCACAACUACUGAAGCCUAGAAGAAAGAAACACUAAUAUCUAAUACUUAGUUUCAGGUCAUGAGAUAUUAUUUGAGGCUUGAGAAAUUAUUGUAGUUUUCCAAACUUUGGUACAAUUGUUGAAAAGUAUUAUUGAUAAAUCCUCCUCCACAACUUAUGAAAGAGAGUUGGUGAACUAAUAAACAAUUUAUGUCCUAAAGCAUAUAAGUGAAUGUGUAGUUAUAUAAUCUUAUCAACUUGAGCAGCAAGGAGUUUUACAAAGUGUGUACAUUCUGUUAAAAAUAUGUGCAGUUAUUAAAUAGUGCAAUAUUACUGUUGUCAGUCACUGUAAAAUGACCAGGACAAGCAUUCUAUGACAAACCACUAGUAUGCAUGUUAUUGUAUUAGAUACCAAAUGUAAUGAACUUAUGUCCAUGUUAAAACUACAGUAGACCAUGGUUAUAACGACCUCAGAGGGACCACUAAUUUUGGUUUGUUAUAACUGUAGUUCGCUAUACACAUUUGAUUAAAAUAUACUGCAAGUGCCUGGACCAAAAUACCCAGUUCUGUGUUUGUUAUAAAUGCACUGACAAGAUGGUAUCAUGUCCAUAUGUCAUGGCGCUUGUACCUGCUGUGAUAUUGAUGGAAUGUUGCUAAAAGCGGUGUACAACCCAACUCACUCUCACUCACUCACUCACUCACUCACGGAGCUUGUACAUUUUGUGCAGCUAUUGAUGCAAACAGCUUCUGUACUGAACAGAAAAAGUUGGGAUCAUGAAUUUUAUGCUGGAUAUAUUCAAUGAAAUGGCGUGCUCAGUUUUCUCUUAAAUAAUAUCCCAGAAUUAUUCAAGAUCCCAAACUUUUAAUCUUUCAGUAUGUCUAUCUAGUCACUGUGUGGAGAUGAAACAAUCAAUCGUGAAAGUGCUUUUUUGUGUCUCCCAGAUGGGAAACAUUUACUGCAGAUUUUUCUGACUAUACAGUUAACGUAUAUAAGUAGUGUUCUUAAGACUUGCAACAGGAUCAUGUAUGUCAUUAUGUUCAUCUUUACUCUAUAUUGGUUUAUUUCGUUCAACAAAAAACUUAUGACAAAAGUUGAAACACAUGUAUUGUAAAUGUAAAAAAAUAUUUUCAUUACAAUUCUAUUGGUUUCUAUGUCCUGCUUUUCCUCAAACAUUUGUUUUAGCAACAAAUAUGUAAUUAACCAUUUAAGGUCCAUUUUACAAUGUCUCAUUAAUUUGUGUAGGUUGAUACAAUGAAAUAUAAUUGCCAAAACCUCUGUGUAAAUAACAUCGUAACUUGUGCAUUGUGUUAUCACGCAAAUGGAAAUCGGUUUAACUUAGUUAUUAUUUUGUACAUGAUAGUUUUCUGUUGAAACUAGUCUGGGUUUUUUAUUAUAGUUUUUGUAAUAUAAUGUAUAAUAGUAAAUUAGUCGUGUUGUACAUUUUAAUCUUAUGUUAUUGUUAUUGUUGUUAUGUAGAACUGUUUGUGCACAGUACCAUCCAUUGGCUGAAGAAAAAUGCUCUUGCCAAAAAACAAUCACAAAUCUAACCUGUCACCCUGUUGCACAUUACAAGAUGAUCAAUGUAUUAGACACAAAUGUUGCAAAGGUAUUUUCUUAAACAUAUUUUUGUACCUAUUUUCAGAGGUUAUUUAUGGCAAAGUAUCCUAACAGCAACACUUACCAAAAUUUAAAUUUUGUUUUGAACACAUUCACCUAGCAAAUCAAGGGAACAAAAAAUAUUGUUUGAAACUGUUGGAUGCUUAUUGGGAAGGUUUGGAUAGAAGCUCACAGUAUUGCUCAACAUGGGUUGUUAGGGAAAUAUUACAUUUAUCUUACUAUCAGUGUCAUCAUGCAUUGCAUUUACAGUUUCACAUAUUUUAGCAUUUCAAAUACUCAUUUCACGUCAGAUAGAAAUGUGAUAUACACAAAGACAUUUGUUAUACUCACAAAGUAGUUCGAGAAAUUAUCUUUUUUCACAAAUAAACAUAUGAAACUUUUCCCAUGGACUGUUAUUAGAUACAACUGGUGAUAGAUCUUCCUUUUCCAACAUCAGAAUUUGUGUUACCACAUUUUGAGUUAGUUUACCUGAUGAUUUCGUUACCAGACUGCCAUGUGAAAGAUCAUCAUUGUUGUGAGAGUAUUUAUGCCGUUGUAUGAUGUUUUUGGUGAAGGAUUUGUUUUGUGAAGACUGAAUGAAAUGAUGAAAGUACAUACAUGCAUGAAUACCUGAAUCGGGGAAAGGAAUAAAAUCUUUUGAAGAA